CUUUCAUGGUGGCUCUAGGCCUCUGCGUUUCUCAGCACGCAUAAUAGUUGUGGCUUGUUUGUGGGUCUUCUAUGGGCCCAUAAGACGAUCCAUGUCACUUGGGCGGUUCGCCAGUUCCGAUUUCCCACCAAAGAAUGUAGCUGCGAUGCCAAGCGCCCAAGACCUUUUCCCACACCAAAAUUUGAACUUUGAACUUUGAAGCACUGUUUCUCUCUCACAUCGUAUCUUUCCCCCUUUCGCCAAUCGCCAUUGUUCCUGCAUUCUCCUCUGCAAUUGUAGAAAAGCUUGCUUGGCGGGUUUUUUUUCGGAUCCAAAACGGUCGCACUGGGACCUCCAUGCCUGAGACAAUCUCUACGAGACUCUUGAGCUAGAGACUAGAGUUCGGGACUCGCCCGAGACGUCUCGUCGAUAAUGGCGUCUGGUUCGCCUCGGACGCGCAUUGAUCAGUUUUUCUCUUCGAGGAAAAAGAAGCCUUUGUCACCCAGUGUAAAGUCGGGGAGAACUGCUAAGGAUGCAAGAAUUGCGUCGAAUAGCUCCCCUGGUGCCAAAGGUACUUUGGACAACUUCCUCGUGAAUUCUCAGGACGAUAGUUCUCUUGUCCGGACUGCAUCAGCAGAUUGCAGUGCAUCGUCAUGGCAAGAUACGGUUAAAAAGAAGUUGACGUUGGAGACUAAUUUAUCUUCAGAAGUUACACGGAAAGAAUCCCUUUUAUCACCCAAGGAGUGUGGACAAACGGGUGAGCUCCUUGGAGAGGUUUCUAAAGUGACACCGUUGGUUUGUUCUAAAGCGCUUGGCAUUUCAGCUCAUGCCUCUGUGGAGGAUACAAUAGGAGCCUCCUCACCUGGCCCGGAUAAUCAUGAACUCAAACAGUUUGCAGCCGACUUUUUGUCUUUGUAUUGCCGUGAACCUUCGUCAAGUGUAAAUUCAGCAUCAGAUCCGAAAUUGAAUGUCCACAAGAGAUUAAGUAGCCCAUCUCUUAUAGAGAUAGAGGGUAAGUCAUUGACCAAGAAGCAAUGUCUUUCCACCCAGGACCGGUCCCAAUUAGAUGCUAAAAAUGCUUGUUCCAAACCUGGAGAUGCUAUGCUUGGACAUUCUGGAGAAUAUGAUAUAAGUGGUAAUAUUCCCAUUGAGGUCCGUGGAAGCCUGAGAAAAUGCAACAAAACACCCAAACCAAACCCAAACAUGGUAUCAUGCCAUACACCUGAUGCAUCAACCAGUAAUGCAUGUACUCGUGAAACACCUAAUUCAGCACGAGGAAGCUCCAUCUUUUCUCCUGGAGAAGCAUUCUGGAAUGAAGCAAUCCAAGUAGCUGAUGGUUUAUUUGCUCCAGUUGGUAAAAAUUCAGUGCAGGUUGCUGAAGAAACUAAUGACAUCAGUAGCCAUAAUGGGCAAAAGAACACAUGCAAUUUGAGAGAUGGAUUGUGUGAUGUAAGGUUCAAGGCCAAAUUCGAUGAGGGUAACAGCAAAUCCAGGCAUUUGGAUCUUGAAUGUUCUUUGGAAUCAGAAAAAAAGCAUGCCAAAGAAAUUGUUGAAUAUCCUGUUGUAGUUCCUGAUAAAGAAGUCUCCCCAUUGCCUGUUAAGCAUCUUGACUUCCUGCAUGAGGACAGGAACCUGAAUGACAAUUCUCCCCAUCAAUGUUCCACGGAUAGUGGGACUAGUAUUACACAUAAAGAUAAUGAACAAUGUCAUAGUGGUUCAAUAAUUGACAAGGCCCCAGAGAGCACAAAGAUUCUGUCUCAUUCUAAAGCUCAAAGAAAUGGAAGGCUUACCUCUGAGGGUGAAACCAGAUCUUUUCCUGUUUCCUUGAAUAUGGAUCUUGGUGUGCCAUCUUCAACUGUCAAUAGAGAGUUAUCUCAUAUUCAAGAUGUGACUACUAUCCUGCCAGAAGCCAAAAACGAGAGGGUUCUUUUGGGUCAAGAGAAUAACAGCAUUACAUCUUGUGAAAGGCAAAAAGCCAAUCGCUGCAAAUAUGAUGCCACUAGUACACCAUCCAGUUCUAUUCCACUGAAAGAUUGUUUAGACCUGAAAAAUUGGCUUCCUUCUGAGCUAUGCCAUGUUUACAGAAAAAGAGGCAUUUCAAAACUAUACCCUUGGCAGGUUGACUGCCUUCAGGUGGAUGGUGUGUUGCAGAGAAGAAACCUUGUUUAUUGUGCCUCCACAAGUGCAGGUAAAAGUUUUGUUGCUGAAAUCUUGAUGUUGCGGCGUGUCAUCUCAACUGGAAGGAUGGCAUUACUUGUACUGCCAUAUGUAUCGAUUUGUGCCGAGAAGGCAGAGCAUUUGGAGGUACUUCUGGAGACUCUAGGAAAGCAUGUACGUGGUUUUUAUGGAAACCAAGGUGGUGGGACACUUCCUAAGGAUACGUCUAUAGCUGUCUGCACAAUAGAGAAAGCGAAUUCUCUAGUUAACAGAUUGUUGGAAGAGGGGCGUCUUUCUGAAGUAGGAAUUAUUGUGAUAGAUGAACUGCAUAUGGUUGGGGAUCCACAUAGGGGCUAUCUUUUGGAACUUAUGUUGACUAAGCUCCGUUAUGCAGCUGGUGAAGGUAAUGCAGAUUCAUGUAGUGGAGAAAGUUCAGGUACAAGUAGUGGGAAAGCUGACCCUGCUCAUGGAUUGCAAAUUGUUGGAAUGAGUGCAACAAUGCCAAAUGUAGCAGCUGUAGCUGACUGGCUUCAGGCAGCAUUAUACCAAACAGAUUUCCGUCCUGUUCCCCUGGAAGAAUAUAUUAAAGUUGGAAACACCAUUUUUAACAAACAAAUGGAUGCUGUGCGGACAAUUCCAAAAACUGCUAACUUAGGUGGUAAAGAUCCAGACCACAUCGUAGAAUUGUGCAAUGAGGUUGUUCAAGAGGGCCACUCAGUGCUUUUAUUUUGUUCAAGUCGCAAAGGGUGUGAAUCAACAGCGAAGCAUGUUGCCAAGUUCCUGAAGGGAUUUUCUGCCGGCAUCCGUGAUGGUCUUACUGAAUUCACUGAUAUUACUUCUGCUAUUGAUGCCCUACGAAGGUGCCCUGUGGGUUUAGAUCCUAUAUUGGAAGAAACUCUACCUUCUGGUGUUGCUUAUCACCAUGCUGGUCUAACGGUUGAAGAGAGAGAGAUUGUUGAAACCUGCUAUCGUAAAGGUCUUCUACGUGUCUUGACUGCUACUUCUACCUUAGCUGCUGGUGUUAACUUGCCUGCUAGGAGGGUUAUUUUCCGACAACCCAGAAUUGGUCGUGAUUUUAUUGAUGGGACAAGGUACAGACAGAUGGCUGGUCGUGCUGGUCGGACUGGAAUAGAUUCCAAAGGGGAAAGUGUAUUAAUUUGCAAACCGGAAGAAGUAAAAAGAAUUAUUGCUGUUCUUAAUGACUGCUGUCCACCCCUGCAAUCUUGUCUCUCCGAAGAUAAGAAUGGAAUGACUCAUGCAAUUUUGGAGGUUGUUGCUGGUGGGAUUGUUCAAACCGCUUGUGAUAUUCAUCGAUAUGUUCGGUGCACUCUUCUCAAUUCAACAAAACCAUUUCAAGAUGUUGUUAAAUCAGCUCAGGAUUCUCUUCGGUGGCUAUGCCAUAGGAAGUUUCUUGAAUGGAAUGAGGAGACUAAAUUGUACAGCACCACUCCUCUUGGACGUGCAGCUUUUGGCAGUUCUCUCAGCCCAGAAGAAUCACUUAUUGUGCUGGAUGAUCUUUCAAGGGCAAGGGAAGGGUUUGUGCUUGCAUCUGAUUUACAUUUGGUCUACUUGGUUACUCCCAUUAAUGUUGAGGUCGAGCCUGAUUGGGAACUUUAUUAUGAGAAGUUCAUGGAAUUGUCUGCUCUUGACCAGUCUGUUGGUAAUCGUGUUGGGGUAGUAGAGCCUUUUUUGAUGCGCAUGGCCCAUGGUGCACCUUUGCACAUCUCAAAUAAGUCAAGAGAGAAUAGGAAAGGGCCACACUGUAGUAAUAUGCUUUCAGAUGAACAAGUACUUAGAGUGUGCAAACGCUUUUAUGUGGCACUCAUCUUGUCAAGACUUGUGCAGGAGGCACCUGUUGCUGAUGUUUGUGAAGCCUUUAAAGUGGCUAGAGGAAUGGUUCAAGCCUUACAAGAGAAUGCUGGAAGGUUUGCUUCAAUGGUUUCUUUGUUCUGCGAGAGACUUGGUUGGCAUGAUUUGGAGGGCUUGGUUUCUAAGUUUCAGAAUAGAGUUUCAUUUGGAGUGAGAGCAGAGAUAGCAGAGCUUACUACUAUCCCAUAUGUUAAGGGUUCUCGAGCUAGAGCACUGUAUAAGGCUGGCUUGCGUACACCUUUAGCCAUUGCUGAGGCAUCCCUUCCGGAAAUAGUCAAAGCUCUUUUUGAAUCUUCAUCAUGGGCUGCACAAGAAGGUUCAGCACAGCGACGGAUACAAAUGGGUGCAGCCAAGAAGAUUAAAAAUGGUGCCCGCAAAAUUGUUCUUGACAAAGCCGAAGAGGCCAGAGCUGCAGCUUUUUCAGCUUUCAAAUCACUUGGACUUGAUGUUCCUCAGUUUUCUCGACCAUUUUUAGUGGCCACAUCUAGGGGUAAUGUCCAAGAAGGUGGAAGGACAUCUUCUGGUGAUGACACUGGUAACAGCAUUGUUGGUGUACAAGAUAUUACAACUGCACCAGAUGCAAUAGGUAAUCAGUCUUCUGAUGAUAUUGCCCCAAAAAUUGCGGGGCAGAUAUUGGGAAGGACAUCACAUACUAGCGUACAUGCUUCAGUUGAAGAAGUAAACUCAGUUAAUGCAAUGCAAUCUGCUUCUAAUGAUGGUAACAUUGGAAUAAAGAUUGAAGGAUCUUCUCAAUCCCUUGGUAUUAAUGUUACAGCAAAUAACAACCAUACACAAAACCCUGGGGUACCUGCACCUGCCUCUGCAAAGUUGGAGAAUGCUGGCUAUAAUGACAGUACACAUAGUUGGCAUAUUAACCAUGAACAGCAGGAAGAGAACAGAAAAAGAGGAAGUAUUGGUAACACUGCUGAUGCCAACAUUUAUGACAAAGGUCCAAUUAGUGCAAGCUGUAUUCCUGGUGGAUUUGAUUGUUUCUUAGAUCUUUGGUAUACAAUUCAAGAGUUCUUUUUUGAUAUUCACUUCUCUAAGCGAUCUGACCUGAACUCCAUUGUCCCUUUUGAAAUUCAUGGAAUGGCCAUCUGUUGGACAAAUUCUCCUGUGUACUAUGUCAACUUAUCAAAGGAUCUACCAUUGAUUGACAUGCCCACUUUGACUAGAAAAAACGAAGUCAAUUCUGUGAAUGAAACUAGCAAUGUGAUUAAUCGAUGGGAAACAGCUAAACACAGAUGGAGUAGAAUAGCUAGGAUCAUGGGAAGGGGAAAUGUUAGAAAAAUUAGUUGGAAUGUAAAGGUCCAAAUUCAGGUGCUUAAAAAUCCUGGGAUUUCUAUUCAGAGGUUUGGUCUAAGCUCCAUACAGAAGGAUGUGGAUAUUGAAGUAAUAGACAACUCAUACUUAUUGAUGCCCCCAAUUUAUCUUCAAGAUGGAAUUGACAUGUCUAUUGUAUCAUGGAUGCUUUGGCCUGAUGAGGAGAGGAGCUCCAAUCCAAAUCUUGAAAAGGAGGUUAAGAAAAGGUUAUCCAGUGAAGUUGCUGCAGCUGCUAAUCGUAGUGGACGGUGGAAGAAUCAAAUGCGUAAAGCAGCACAUAAUGGUUGCUGCCGUCGUGUUGCACAAAUACGAGCCCUGGGUUCUGUUUUAUGGAAGUUACUAGUUUCUGAAGAACUUAGUGAAACACUUACGAACAUUGAAAACCCACUGGUUAAUGUCCUAGCAGAUAUGGAACUCUGGGGAAUAGGUGUUGACAUGGAAGGAUGCCUUAGGGCAAGGAAAGUAUUAGGGAAAAAAUUAAAGGAACUCGAGAAGGAAGCUUACAAGCUUGCUGGCAUGACUUUUUCACUUUAUACAGCUGCAGAUAUUGCAAACGUGCUUUAUGGACACUUAAAGUUGCCCAUUCCUGAGGGGAGCUCUAAAGGCAAGCAGCAUCCCAGCACUGAUAAACAUUCCUUGGAUCUACUAAGGCAUCAUCAUCCUAUUAUUUCAGUAAUUAAAGAGCACAGGACGUUGGCAAAGCUCCUAAAUGGUACAUUGGGGUCCAUAUGUUCACAGGCUAGGCUAUCUGUGAAGUCACGAAAGUAUACAUUACAUGGCCAUUGGCUUCAGACAUCAACAGCAACUGGACGUCUUUCAAUGGAGGAACCUAAUCUUCAGUGCGUUGAACAUUCAGUUGAGUUAAAAAUCCAUCGCAUUGACAAAGUCACAAGUGCUACAGGUUCUGAUCAUCAUGUAAUUAAUGCCCGUGAUUAUUUUAUUCCUACACAGGACAAUUGGUUGCUGCUAACAGCAGAUUAUUCUCAGAUAGAGCUACGACUGAUGGCUCAUUUCUCUAAAGACUCUUCACUAAUUGAACUUCUUAGUAGGCCAAAUGGUGAUGUGUUCACUAUGAUUUCUGCAAAAUGGACUGGACAGUUGGAAUCAACUAUUACUUCCCAAGAGAGAGAUCAAACCAAACGGUUGGUCUAUGGUAUCCUCUAUGGAAUGGGUGCUAAAACCCUUGCAGAACAACUGAACUGUAGUGCAGAUGAAGCAGCAGAAAAAAUUGAAAGCUUCAAGUCUUCUUUUCCCGGUGUUGCUUCCUGGCUUAGUGAAGCUGUUGCAUCUUGCCGUCAAAAAGGCUAUGUGGAGACCCUUAAGGGAAGGAAACGCUUCUUAUCAAAAAUUAAGUUAGGGAAUAGCAAAGAAAAAGCUAAAGCUCAGAGGCAGGCUGUGAAUUCAAUUUGUCAGGGUUCUGCUGCUGACAUAAUCAAGAUUGCAAUGAUAAAUAUUCAUACUGUGAUUGCCGAGGGAUGUGAAAAGCCUAAUUCAAGUUUUGAAUUUGCAAAACAAUUUCCCAUGCUUAAAGGUCACUGCCGAAUUCUUUUGCAGGUACAUGAUGAGUUAGUGUUGGAAGUUGAUCCUUUGGUAAUAGGGGAAGCUGGAUUAUUGCUACAGUUAAGCAUGGAAAAUGCUGUAUCACUUCUAGUUCCUUUGCAGGUCAAACUGAAGGUUGGAAGAACCUGGGGUUCUUUGGAGCUUUUCCAGGUGGAGCAAUACAAAGAAAAAGUCCUUUUACAGCAUUCUUGAAUUAUACAAAGAAAUGCCUUUCAUCAUCAGUUGGUAUUCAAAUCCUAGAGGAACUCUCAAAUGGAGGGGGAAGUGUCAAAUUUAUGCUGGUAGAUCAACAAAUUCAUUGUCAGCUGCAUGGGAAGUGCUGCCUAUACCAACAACCUCUACCUCCAUUUAGAAGUCAUCUAGAAGGAUGAUUCAUGAAAGAAAUUGGGUGCAAAGUUCAUUUCCUCUUUAUGCGGAAGAGUUGAAUUUACUUCCAUACAGGCCUUGAGAUUAUAAUGCUUGGUUUGAAUUGCAAUUGCUGAGUUGUCCAGGAGCUCAUUGUUGGGAUCUUCAGAAAUGCACUCAGCAAGAGAUUUGCUAGAUUCUGUAACUUCAAAAAGAAGUCUUUAACAAAAGGAUUUUUGUACCUGCACAUGGAAAGCAAGCAAUUUGAGUGGAUGCUCUCAAUGUCACUUUGUGAAUUUUAGAGACAUCGAUGCUUCUGAAAAGACACAUCUUGUGUGGAUGACAAGUUUUGUUGGUCUUGCUUGUCACAUUGUGCCAGUCACAACGGUUACUAUGGAGGCAGUUACAAAGCAAUUUUGACAAUGUUCAGGUUCAGUGCAGAAGGAACAUGUGAAAGGAGUGCUGAAGGUUGCAAAAAAUUCAAAUUGGGUUAUACCUGAUAGGUGAUUGAAUCUAUGAACAGCUGAGACCUGGUAGCCAAGGGUACCCUGGGGUCUUGUGCACAAAGUACUGCCAAUGGGUUAUGUUGGUAGAAGGAUCGUCUUGUUUUCAUGUUCAACAUUGUCAGGGAACAAAAAGAUGCUGUUAUGACAACCGCAGGAAACAUUGAAUAUCAUGAACAUGUGGCUUAUGAGGUUUUUGGCUUUAUUUUUUUAGCAACACUGUAGUAUCAAAUCAGCGAAGAGAAUUAUCAACAGAUGAGAAUUUUUUUUUUUUCGAGAGUGAUCGGUCACUAAUCAGCAAUGAGAAUAAUCAACAGUUGAGAAUUUUUAUGAAGAGUUUGGUGGCUCAGUAAUCAGCAGUCAGCAUGAGAAUAAUCAACAGUGAUUAUUCAUAGUUAUUGUCGUGGUUUCAGGAUGUUUCUGUUGCGAUGGAGCUUGAAAGCCGCAUUCUUUUAAGAGACGAGUGAAGUUGGUGCUAGGCAGACAUAAUUUUGUGCUGCCUUCUGAAAAUCUAUAGACAAGCUGCCUGGACAGGACGUUCUCUUUAUAUGCGAUUUAUCGGAUUCUUUAUUUACAGUUCUCGUGUGGUUGAAACUCUUAGAUAAUUAGAUUCUUUUCCCCCUUUGUUUUUUUAAAUUCUUUUUUAGUUUUGUCGUCUAGUUUCUGUCACUGAUGAGGAGGAAGCUGGCAUGGCAACACCUGUUAUAAUUGUAAAUGCAUGACAAGUAAAUCUGACCAUGUAUAUAUCGGUUGUUAUCUAUGAAUGUUUUUUAAAUUUUA